CUGGCAUCGUUCUGAAACACCGAUAUAAAAUAGAGCAGAAUUUCUGUAACGAUAUCAGUUUCUCGUAGGCUUUUGAAUAGUUAACAAUUCCCAAAAAUUUAAAAUGCUGAAGGUCAUCUGUUUGUUCGCUUUGGUGGUGUUGGCCUCUGCUGCUCCACCAUCGGCCACUGAAAAGAAAAGUGAUGAUGAUUUGGAAAAGUCACCAUCUAUUGGAUUGGGAUAUAGCAGCCUCGGUGGAAUUGGAUUGGGCGGAAUCGGAUUGGGCGGCCUUGGAUACAGCAAUCUCGGAUACAGUGAUCUAGGGUCAGUUGUUCACUCUGUUCCAACUGUCAUUCAUAGCGCUCCCGCUGUUGUCCGUACCGUUCCAACCUACAGUACUAUCGGUACUGUCGGACUUGGUUUGGGCAGCGGCAUUGGUCUCGGAUAUGGCCACGGUAUUGGAUUCGGUCACAAUUUGAUCUAUUAA